CUUAUUCCAACUUCACACUAAAUUUCCUCCUAACUUUUUUUCCCUUUUAAAUUUUAAGGUCCCAUCAAAGUAUCUUCGAUUUUCAGGUUGUAUAUUGAAUUAUCUACCAAUGAACAAGUUAUACUUUUUGUUGGUUUUUUCUGUCUUUGUUGCUGUAUUAGAUAUUCAUGGAGUUCAAGGUGGAGCAAUAAUAACUGGUACUGUUUUCUGUGACCAAUGUAAAGAUGGCCAUGUGUCCAUCUUUGAUUAUCCUCUUUCUGAUAUGAAUGUGGCAAUGGUAUGUCCAGGGAGUACUGGGCAGACAGUAGUUGGACAAGAGACUACAAAUAUGAUGGGCAGCUAUACCAUAAGUUUUGGGGGUUCACCUGAUUUAAGCAGCUGUUUUGUUCAGAUCACACCUAAAAAUGGGCCUGACCCAAAUAACAAAUGUGGGGCUGCAACAGGCCCACCCAAAUCAUUAAGGCUAAUGUUUAGCAUGUUUGAUAUGGAGAUGUAUUCUGUUGAUCCCUUGAUUUCUCAACCAGCUCAACCUAUGUCUUAUUGUUCUACUUCUUCACCAUCAUCAUCACCUCCUAAUACUACUCCUGUCUCUUUACCACCACCUACGACUUCAAAUCCUCCACCCGUCUCUCCGGUCACCCCCCCGGCCCCUCCUAAAGCUCCCACGACUCCCGGUUUUAAGCUCCCUCCUAUGUUUCACAUGCCACCAUCGCCUUUCUCACAAAAUUCGGCAUGCUCCAAUGAAUAUUGGAUGAAGCCAGAAUACAAAUGCUACUGGAAAUUAGUGAACCCAGAAAUGCCAGUAGCUCUUGUAUUCGGACCCUUAGCAGCGCAAAAAUAUGGCAAUGACUUAACAUUGUGGUCAGGACUCAAAGGCAAAGGUGACCCUUACAAGACCCUCUUAAGGGAAACUGUAACUGCACUUCUUAACUCCUACAACAGCUUCCAUUUCCCUUACAACGCGAUUCAAGUGCUCCAUAACUUCAACACCGCGAUGACAGGUUCUACUCGUAGUGUUCUUCUCACUGCCUUGAGGUUCAAGAGGGCUAAUUCUGGUUAUGGUCGUGUUCCUUGCAAAUUUCAAGCUUGCAAAUAAUUUAGAAGCUUAUUUACUUGGCUAGCUAUUAAUCCAUAUUUAUGUAUGCUGCUACAUGUAUUUGAUAUAGCUAUAUAUAGUCCUUAAGUUUUAUAUGUUACGAAUUUAUCUAAUAGAUUAUAUAUCAUGUAGAGAUUUAUUUUGGAAGGUACAAGCAAUCAGUUGUUGGUUGUAUGUGUCUGAUUAUCUAUUACUAAUUUAAGAUAUAUAGUAUGCUUUAUUUUGACGUAAGUUAUUGGUAUACUUGAUUUCAACAAUGUUGUGUAUCAUAUUGUUACUCCCUAAAAAGCAAAUUUCUUUCAAGAUAUACAGUAUAAGUAUAUAACACAUUGAUUGGCUACGAGCCCAUCAAAGUAUAACACGUGUUAGUCGUUAUUUUCAAAUGAUGAUGAAUUGCCUACAAUAGUAGGUUUAGCCAUCACCCCCCU